AUGACCUACAAACCGCGUUCCCCGGAUGGUCUGCCUGUCCAUGACACAGCUGCGCUGCAGCCAGGCACGGACAGUAUUGCCAGUGGGUGGAAAGAAGACGGGCAGGCUGAAUCGGAGCGGAACCCUGACAAAGCGUGCAUCUCGCAGCUUCAGUCUUUCGAAUCAUGUCAUUUGGUGGGAACGGACGAUGAGCACACUCCGAAGGUAGUGCCUCGCCUCGAGGACUCUGUUCGACAAGUGCUUCCUGGAAGAGGGAACCAUCUGCCUAAAGUCGGAAACCCGCAACCGCGUGUGUUUCUGCCAUGGAAUGCUCCAGAUCCCGCGCUGCCUGUGCGGCGGUCAGUGCAACAGAGAGGAUCUUCUGAAGAGCUGUUAAUGCAUCCUCGUCACAUUUUGGAGGAGGUACGACGACCAGGAGAAGAGGGGCGUAGUGACGAUAACACUGGAAACGUGUGGGAUACACGUGAGGAGUCCACGGAGCGAGCGGAUCAUCAGAGUGACACCACCGAGAAGUCGUUUGCAACGGCGUGCUCCAAUAUUGCCGAAGACCGAGCCUCAAGCGGAGAACCAUGUUGUCAUGGGCAACGGUAUGGGGUCACGAUGCCAAUCGCGGCUCAAAUCACGGGAGAGUUGGAGAGGAUUUCCGACUCGGGCAUCCCCGCCAGCAGUAACGAAGUCAAUGGAAACCGACACCAGGCCGCCGCAGGGACUAGCGAAACCGCGGCGCCAGAACAUGCCAGGACGAAUUCGAAAGAAGCCACUGAAAAUGUCAAGGACGCGUUCUGCAGUCCGCUCGAAAAUGCUGCGUCAGCGGAGCACUACCUUCGCCCCUGUACUUCAAGAGACGUGCCCCAAGGGACGGCGACGUCGACUGAACGGCGGACCAAACUGCCCUGUGCAAAACCAAGCAGCUGUAACUUGAGCAUCCUUAAGGUUUUGAAGCAAGUAAAUAGCUCUGACAUGCGCAAUUUCUCUCUCCCGAUCAACGUCAAUGAGCCCCUUUCAAUGCUACAGAGAAUUUGCGAGGAUUUCGAGUACACCAAUCUUCUUUCGAUCGCUCGCACGAAGACGACGUCGACGGAAAGGCUGGCGUAUGUCACCAUCUUCGCCCUCUCAGCAUAUGCAGGCAGUAUGGACCGCUGUUACAAACCGUUCAACCCCAUGCUGGGAGAAACGUUCGAAUGCUCCCACCGAGGAUUCAACUACAUUGCGGAGCAAGUGUCGCACCACCCGCCCGUCUCUGCGUACCAUGGGGCAGCUCACAAUGGGGACUUUGUGUGCUUCGGAACCGUCUCUCCUGUUUUGAGCAUUCAGGGGACUCAUGUCGACAGUUGCAAUACGGGCACGGUAACACUAAGGCUGUUUUUACCUGGAGGCGGAGUCGAAGAUUAUACGUGGCACCGGCCCAACACGCGAGUUCAUAAUAUUGUAUUCGGAACCAUGUGGAUGGAAUGGGUCGGAAACAUGACCGUCACCAAUCACAUGACAGGUGAGGUGGCCCACGUGACGUUCCUCCCUGCCGCGUCCUCUCCCUCCUCGAAAGCUGCCGGCGGUUCGUGGCUACCCUCGUUCCGCUGGAAUACCUCGUCGGCCAACCAGGAUUUGACGGAACCUGCCUCCUCCCCAAUUUCCCAGUCCAGGCGCAGGCGGAGCAACAGCGUAGCGAGCGGCGAGGCCGCCAGCGCACCACCGACUGGGGGAGCACGGGGCGGAGGGGAGGAUGGACAGGAGAAAGUCGUUCUCGGUAGUGGUCGGAAAAACAGUGCUAGUUCUCGGUCGGCUUCUGCUGCCCCGCCGACGCAAGCAAAGAGAGGCCGGAUGUAUCGGCGGAGCGAUAGUUGGUUGUCAAAAGAGUGUGCAGGGAGCAACGGACUGAGGGGGGAAGUGCUGGACAGGUCCGGCUGUCCUCGCUUUUUUAUUGAUGGAUGCUGGAGCAAACGCUUGUGGAUGACUCGAGUUGGAAACGGAAGCUACCAAGAGUUUAAGCAGCACAGUGAGCAAAUCAAAUCUAGCAGCAGAAUGAAUCGAGACCAGACCUCUGGAGCAAGUCCGAGCUUCAGCCGGGGUGGACGGCACACUUCACCGUCGAAACAGACUAGACCUACCAGCAGGAGAUCGAGCCGCCAUGGAAUGAGUCUCCUUCCGCUGCCGAAUCCUGGACUCGAGAUCGACAGUCCAGGGGAAAGCCUCGACAUACCUGCAGCCGAAGCCAGCAGCUUUGUGCCCGCUGACAAUGGCCUGCCGGAGGUCUGUUCGGAGCAGUCUGGGAGACUGGACCAAGCAUCAGGGAGACUGUUAGCAAGAGGCGAUGAGCUUGAAUCCAUGUGGAACGACGACGACACAUUUUUCGUUGCCUGGGAGGCCACACCAAAGCCGCAAAGUGCGAAAGUUUUCUAUAAUAUGCCGGCGUUUGCAAUAGAACUGAACGAACUCACUGCAGGCUACCGAUUUAACCCCCCAGUAAUGAAGCGAGCAGGUUGGGCUGGGACAGCACCAACUGACUCUCGCUUCAGACCUGACUUGCGGAAGUACGAAGAAGGAGACUCUGCGGGGGCUCAAGAGGAGAAACUUCGUCUAGAGGAAAAGCAACGCGCUACUGCACGCUCAAUGAAAGGGGGCGAAUCAGCUUGGCGGCCGCUGUGGUUUGACAAGGGCAUCAAUGCCGUCACCGGCCACGUGGAUUGGUUGUACAAUGGGCGUUACUGGCCCGAGCGCACUCGGCCACUUCUGACAGCUGGAAAUGCGAUAAAGCCAACCGGCGGAGACUGCUCGAACACGGAUUUGGAGCAGAGUCGAUUUGCCAUGUGUCCGGACAUCUAUUGA